AUGAGCUGGGAAAACUGCUCAGUGUUGAGGGAAUUUGUGUUCCUGGCCUAUCCCUCCUGCCCAGAACUGCGUAUUCUAUCCUUCUUUGGAAUCAGCCUGGUUUAUGUGUUUAUCAUCACUGGGAAUGCACUCAUCGUGGUGUCUAUCCAGACGGAAGCCUGCCUACACAUGCCCAUGUACUAUUUCCUGGGCAGCCUCUCAGGGAUAGAAAUAUGCUACACUGCUGUGGUGGUGCCCCACAUUCUGGCCAGCACUCUUCAGACAGAGCAGACCAUCACUCUGCUGGGUUGUGCGACUCAGAUGGUCUUUUUCAUCGGUUUGGGCAGCGCUGAUUGCCUCCUGUUGGCGGUGAUGGCCUAUGACCGGUACAUGGCCAUUUGCCACCCUUUGCAGUACCCGCUCAUCAUGACCUUCACGCUUUGUGUCCGCUUGGUUGUGGCUUCUGUGGUCAUUGGCUUCUGCCUGUCCUUACAGCUGGUGGCCUUCAUCUUCUCUUUCCCAUUCUGCCGGGCUCAAGGCAUCGAGCACUUCUUUUGUGAUGUGCCACCAGUGAUGCGUCUGGUUUGCGCCAGCAGCCGGAUCCAUGAGCAAUCGGUACUGGUGGCAGCCACGUUCGCCAUCGCUGUGCCUUUCUUCCUCAUUGCUGCCUCUUACGCCUUCAUCGGGGCUGCGGUGCUCAACACCCAGUCCGCUGCUGGCCGUGGUCGGGCCCUCUCCACCUGCUCUUCCCACCUCACUGUGGUGCUGCUGCAAUACGGCUGUUGUGCCUUCAUGUACCUGCGUCCCAUCUCCAGCUACCAUCCCAAGCAAGAUCAGCUCAUCUCAUUUGUAUACACGCUGGGAACCCCACUGCUCAACCCUCUCAUCUAUACGCUGAGAAAUAGUGACAUGAAGGGGGCCAUAAAGAGAGUUCUUACCAGGAACUUCCUGAGCAGCUAA